CGCCAGGAUGGGCGGGGCGGAGUCACCGCGAGGUUUAACCAGGGGCUGGGGAUGGAAAAUUGAAACCGCACCAGCCCGAAAGCCGGGAAUGAGUCAGAGUUUUCAUGGGGCCUUAAAGGAGCAGGACGGUCGCUCCUGAGCUGAUCGGCUGGAGAGUCCGGAGCAGGGUGUGCAGGGAGCCAGGGCCAGGACCCCCACCCCAGCUCGGCUUCGCUGCUGCUGAAUCGGACCCGGUCACAGAGAGGAGCCGACCCCAGCCCAGCGCCUGCAGCAGCGUGUGCAGCCUGAGUGUCGCUGAGAGAGACCAUGGGGCCAGCAGCUGGACCUGCUUGGAGUGAAGAGCCGCUGCAGGAGUGGCCUGUUGAGGGCAAGGGACACCUGGAGACUGGAGGGGAGCCAGACCCUCGUUGUAACUACAAGAAACGUACAAUUGUGCUCGCAGUUGCCCUCGCAAUCAUGUUGUUAGUUCUCAUCAUUGUCCUGGCAGUGUGGAUACCUCAGCUUCUGUCAGCUGAUCUGGGCCCCCCUGCUGGCCCCGCGUGCCCAGACGGCUGGAUCGGAUACCGAGGGAAAUGCUACUAUUUCUCUGAGGCCAAAAGGAACUGGACCUACAGCCUGACCUACUGCUCUGCGCUCAGCGCCUCCCUGGCUGAGAUCAACAGUGAGCAGGAAAUGGCUUUCCUGCUGCGCUAUAAAGGCACAUUUGACCACUGGAUCGGCCUCCGGAGGGACCCUGGGCAGCUCUGGAAAUGGGCCAAUGGCACCAAAUUCAACAACCUGUUUGUGAUAAGAGGAGGAGGAGACUGCGCGUAUCUGAAUGAUGAGAAUGGGGUCAGCAGCUUGCGAUGCAGCAGUGAGAGACACUGGAUCUGCACCAAACCUGAUGCAUUUACACAGGCACAGGAGGCUGCCGUGGUAGGGGGCUCGUAAGGAGAGUACUGUGGAAUUAGUCCCGGAAAAGCCAGACUGAUCUCUUUACAAGAUGACAUCUGAGCAAUUCUGGAAUAUCGAGGAAUGCUCUGCGCAUCACUGGGCAGAGCACUGUGGAUUCAGGUGAAAACCAGUGAUGGUAUUUGCACAUCUUGUCCCCCCCACCCACGCCGUCUCUUUUUCCGCCAGUGCAACGGCUCAAAUCCAGCCUUUCCAACCCACCUCAGCUGCACCAGGAACUCUGCCUAACUGAGCCAAGGCACCAGCCUCAGCUUUCACUGCCCUGACAUUCCCCCACAGAAGCUUUUCACUACAGAAAAUUAUCUAUGGAAUCUUUGAAAAAUAUUCUUCGUUCCCAUUUGGUGGUCUGGAAUAGAGCUGAGGGGGGAUGUUCUACAUUCCCGCGCCCCCCCCCCCCCUCGCCCCUCAGGAAUUUUUUAACAAAGUUCUUUUAUGGGUCAGUUUUUGGGGUCUUUUGGAAACCCAAUUGAUUUUGAAGUUUACAGGUUUACACCUCCAGUUCCUUUUUUUUUGUUGUUGUUGUUGCCAGAUAUUGCUUUGGAUAAAAGCAUGAACGUUUUAAACUGGUUUUAAUUUUCCAUUUUUAGUUUUAAGAGCGCUGCACCUGCCAAGGGAGUAGACCCCCUGUUACACUCCUUGUGGGAUACCUAGGGCCUGGAACGUAGGAGUAAGAGGAGAAAUGUCUGUUCUCUCCCUUCCUGGAGCCCAGUGGGUUUGAAAAGGGCAGGGAGGGGAUCGGUGUGACACAGACAGACCAGGUGCCAGGUCAUGCCAAAGUCCCCAUGUCUCAAGGGGACCCUGAGAAAUACACAGCUGGGAUCAGGCUGGCUCACCUGUGUGUUAAGAUAGGUAUUAGCGUUAUAAGACUGUGUUCAGCCUUUAUUGAAUGCUUGUGAGCUGCUGCAGCAUUAAUCUAAUUUCUUCUGACCUCUGUAUCCCACAUUGUAAGGUAAUAUUGGAGCAUUUGUUUUGGCAGCCUCUGUGACUGUGUAAAUCACCAGACAGGGGAGUGAAUUAAGGCAUUAAGGAGUGUGAAGUGCUGAUCUCCA